AUGUACGUUGCAGAUGUCAAUCAGCAAGAAUGGGACGAUUAUGGGGAGGGGCUGACGUUUGCGUUAAACACGACACAUAAUCGAGUGAGGGCAGAGACAUCAUACGCGAUCAACGCUCGAAGCGGCCAUCUCGGUACGGUCGACACGUCGCUGCGAUUGCGAUGCGCGAAGGUGGAGGGACAGUAUCGCAGAGCCAGGGAAGCAGUCAACGAGAGUCUGCACGUCGCGAUCAAGUCAAGAGCGGACCGACAUAACGAGAAAGUUAGACCACACUGGAUUGAAGAGGACACACAAGUAUGGCUUUACUAG